AUGCGUCGGUGCUCGACCGCACUUCUGUGGAUACUUCCUUUUAUUCUCCUGGCAAACGUUGAAAGAGUCGCCUCCUACGAGCUGACCUCGGCGGAUUAUGUAUCUACAUUCCAUUCCUUCGCUGACCAUCAGAACGGUGGCACAUCUAACAGACUGUUGAGACGUUACGAUGAGGUUGAGGAAGAGAGGGCCAUCGGGGGUACCAUAGUCUCGGGGCUGACAACCAAGCUCAAGGACGGCGCGUCGAAGCUUGCCGAGAAGCUGGUAAGCCGUAACAAAUAUGAGGUUAUGGUGGCGGCGCAAUUGAAACUCGAGCGUAUUAUGGACACCUCAGAUCUAAUGCAAAUGAUUGGGCAAGUUAAACAAUUUAACUCCAAGCAUGUCCUUAAAAAGAUCUCGGUGAUCGGGACACUUACCACACGAUAUGGAGACGACGCUCUGGCGAAGGCGCUCGUGGCUGACGAGAGCGAAGCAUUGAGUAUAAAAGUUGCAAGACAAAUCCAAGAAUUGCGAAAAGAGCAACUUACAAGGUGGCAGAGAGACGGCAACUCCGCUGACGAUGUUUUCAAGCUACUGAAGAUUCGUGGUGACGGGUACAACGUGUUUGCCAGUCGCAAGCUGGAGGUUAUGGAUGACUACAUCAAGCUCGUCAACGCUAAUAAAAAGAAGGCUGAUCAAACUUCUCUGCUCAGCACCUUGAUUAAAGGGUUUGGUGGUGAAGAGAAAUUAGGCGAGCUUUUACAGACAGCAAAGAAACACUCCCGUACUCAGGCGAAGGCCGAGGAGUUGGAAACUUCUCUAAUCAGUAAGUGGGCACGCGAACGUCAAUCGCCGGCAAACGUUUUUCAGUGGCUAAAGCUUCACGACGACAUCGAUAACGCAUUUGCAGCCGAUAAUCUUCUCAAGUUCGCGAACUACUUCGAGAAUUAUAACUUGAAGCAAUCCACACGCGAAACGCCUUUGAUUGAGUUUUACAGGAACAGUUUUGGAGAAGCAAAUGUGGCAAUUAAGCUCAUAUCGGCGUUGGAUGACCCAGCUACAAGUAAUGCCGCGAAGAAGUUACAGACACAGGGUUGGAAAUCCGUUGACGAUAUGCUCGCGAGACUGAAUAUUAAUAAGGAUCAAGGUGCAGAAACUACUAGCCAAAAGUUAGACGCGUUGGCAAAGUUUAUCGCGCUGAAAGGUGGGGAACGCAACUUGAUCAAGACGUUGGAACAGAAGUUUGGUAGUAAAAGAGAACUUGCGCUGAUUUUGAACAGUGCAAGUACGACAGCGGACGCUACUACGUUGCAGAGGAAACAAUUUGCCACGUGGAUAGCAAAUAACAUACGUCCAGAGAGCGUUUUGUCCAGCACAUUCGGGAAGGGAUAUGCCAGAGCUACGCUUGAGGAGAAAGCGAUCGUGUCGAAGUUCAAAGCGUUCUAUUUCCAGUACAUUCAGUAA